GGAUUUCCCGGCUUAUUACAAUUAAAUCGAAAGUGAAACACCAGUCGAUCGAUACAAGCGAUUUUUGCAAAGACAUAUAACAAGGUUGAACGUUAAAUCGCAAAAGGAUACUGUGUAUAAAUAUAUAUAAAAAUGACAUCACGUUAGGAGAGACAUCAAAUUACAAAACUAUAUUUGUGUAUAUGGCGAAGCGACCACUUGCUAAACAGGCCAGAAUUGCGAAAUAGUAUGUGACCUUACAAGAAAGCUUACGCGUCUUAGUGAAAAUUGAAACAUAAAUUCACGAUGUCUAAUCAACCAGCACAACUUAAAGGAAAUCCGACAUUAAGUGAGACUCAGCAGUCAGUCCAAAGUCAAGAAAAUAACGCGGGAGCACAACAUGUAUCGUCUUUUCAGCAUAGCCCAGAAGGUAUUUACAUGAAUUAUCAACAGGUUCCAAUGUCUGCCACUGCCUCAUCCGGGGCGAAUCAGCAAACGAAUGGGCAGUCAACGAUGCCAUUGCCGCCAAUACAAGGCUAUCCCAUUCAACCAACCAUGAGUAAUGCAAUGUUACAAAGAUAUCCAUUGCAACAUGGUUUGCAAAACGCACCCUAUUUCCAACCACUUGCGUAUAACCCCAACACAACAACUGGUGCAAAUCCAACUAGCGGACCCAUAGUACCACCUAUGCAAAAUUACCAUCAAUACAAUUAUCCUUCAGCAGUGACAAACAUUGAAAACGUCAGUACGAAUCAAGGUCAACACGUUCCAACUCAAGUUCAGGCUCAAAUAUAUCCGCAACUGACUACUCCGUACGGACACAUGCCUUAUGGACAGUAUCCAUACCAAACAGUCCCAAUUUACGCAGCACAUGUACCCGGAUUCGGACACCAGACUGUUCAAGCACAUGGGGCUCCGUUUGGCUAUAUUCAACAACAGCCGCACCAAUUCCCCGUCCCCCUGAUGUAUGGAUACCCGCCUCCAGUACAUGCUACAUCACAACAAAAUAUAAUUCUCCCAAGCCAAAAUAGCAUUCCACUAUCCGGACGAGACCAGUUUGAAACAGAUUUGUAUGGCCAGAAAGAUUCGAUAUCUUCUUAUUCUGAUUCGGAUGGUGAAUCAGUUACUGACAAUACAUCUUUAUAUGUAAAAGGUUUAAAUAACGCAUCGAAGGAUCAAUUAAAAAUAUUCUUUGAAGACGAAGAUGGCGUAGCUGGACAUGUUCGUUCGGUGACCUGCAAUAGUCGAGAGGCAAAAGUUACGUUUCACAGUUCUGCAGAUGUAAAAAGGUUUUACGAAUGGCGGCAAAGAAUGGAGGAAAAUUGUCAGCCAAGAGUUUAGGAAGAAUAAAAGUUCUUGCUUACGAUCCGAGAAGGCACCACAUAGAGUGCGAAGCUACUGAUAUCGACAAAGUUGUCGAAGAUUCCGGUGAAGACAGUCCUGAAGAAAAUGACAAACAGAGUGGGAACAAACUUACGGUAUUGUUAAUUCAGAGAGUGCCUCCCAAAACCACGGACGAAGCUCUCAGACUCUACUUUGAGGCAAAACAUAAAUUGGAACCAACAACUAUUUACAGGGGUGAUGCUGAAGACGCCGUACUUAUGGACUUCCAAACCAGAAUCGAUAUACGGCGCAUUGAAGAUGAUUGCAAAAGGUUCAAGUGUUGUGGCAACGAGUUAAAGGUUGACGUGGUACCGGCCUGUAUUUGGAUCAAGGUGUGGGGAUAUGGCACUGAUACCAGCAUCGACUUGUUAGAAAACUACUUUGAAAACAAGAGAAGGAGCGAUGGUGGCACCGUAGAUAACGUGAGAUUCCUCGAAAAUGAAGACGCAGCAGUUGUUACGUUUAAAUUUGAGUCAGAUGCGCGCGCUGUGUGUGCGAAGUCCCACCAUACUUUGAAAGAAAAGCGAUUACACACCGUAUUGUACCAUGAGCGCCUGUUCCCAACCAGACAAAGGGUUAUUGUUAUUCCAGAACCGAUCGAAAAAGUGGUCGACAACAAGACAAUUGUUCAACUGUUCAGCAAAUCCGACUACUUUGAAGAAUCAUGGAAAGGAGAAUCUAAAGAAAUAUUCGGUAAACUGACGUUUGUAACCGAACAAUCCCUGUUGAAAAUAACAUUGCAUUGCAAUGUUAGCCCAAAGGAAACAGAUGCUUCGCUUAAGGUACAAACGUGGUUGAGUAAUGGCAAAACAUUCUUGGACAACAAAUUGGCUACCAUAGAUGUGGAGUCGAUUGAUAUCGGUGAGAAGGUUUUCAAACAAGUUCGAGAGAAGAUUGGCGAGAUAAAUGUUGCGGAACCACACAAGUUGGUAUUGAAGAUAAAUAAUACCAAUUCUUCAGUAGAUAUCGUAGGAGAAAGGAAAGCAGUUGCUGAUCUCCGUCGUCAAAUAAAGGCUAUUGUCGAGGAGCAACAAUAUACAUUUGAACGAGAUAACAGACAAAUAACUGAACAUGUGGCUCUAAGAGAGCACGAAGUUACGUUGCUAAGACAUCGAGCUGUCAGACAGUCUCUCGAUGCGUCAGACGUCGACGUCAAAAUUGAGGCUGAGGAAAUCAAGUUUACAGGGAAACGUCCAGACGUUCAACUUGCUUUGAAUAAACUUGAUGAUGCAAAGCGUAACAUGAGACAAGUACAGUUGACAGAAUUCCAAGAUAUUGUUAAAGAGCUUCUAGAAAAGGAGGCUGUUAGAUCAUUCGUGGAUAAAGAAAUCGAGAGUACAGGAGUUACAGCGCUUUGGAAAACGACAUCGAACGGCGUAGUUAUGUUCACAUAUUCGUUCAAAAAUGAAGAUAUUGAUCGCGUUAUAGUUAGAUUUAGGUCUCUUCUCCGAUUUAUAACUGUACCGCUUUCAAAAGAUGAGCAUGACGGUCUGCUGAGCACCGAGGGCCAGUCAUUUAAAAAAAGUCUCAAUGAUCAAUUUGAUAUCGUGAUAAGCGUUUCUGACACCAGCCUACAAUAUGCUUGUCUGAAGAAAAAUGCUGAUGAAGUUAGGACGGAAAUCGAGAAGUUCUUACAUAACUUUCGCAAUCAAAUUCAGUUUGUAGAAACUCAUCCAACCAAAUGUAAAGUAUUAAAAAAGUACUGUGCCACAAAGCUUAACGGUAUCGCCAAGAAGAACAAUGUAAAAAUUGAACAAACGUCCCAAGGUCGGAGAUCGGGUUUCGCGAUAUCCGGAACGGCAGAAUGCGUAGAUAAAGCAAACGAGUCUAUGGUUCGACUUGUCCGAAAUGUUAAACAGCUUCGUCUUGAAUACAAAUGGCCUGGGUUUCAAAAGUUCGCUAUGCAAUCGAGCGAGGGUCACAAGGCAAUUGAAAACAUUGAACAAGAAGAGAAAUGCAUAAUCAUAGUUGAGGGUCAGAAUUUUCAGAAUGAACGAAAAUCGACUGAAAAAAUAGCAGUUCAACUUGCUGGUGGAAUCAAACUCAACGUACUGAUGAGAGGGUCAAUAUUUCAAAAGCAGGCCGAUGUUAUAGUGAAUUCAACAAACAGGGAUCUCGACAUGUCAAAGGGAACGAUGUCCAAACAGCUAUUGAAAGAGGCAGGCCAAGGUAUCCAGAUAGAGUGCCAACAGAAAUAUCCAAAAGGUAUUCGGCAUGGUGAGAUUGCUGUGACAUCACCUGGGCGACUGACUUCAUACAAACAGAUAUUUCAUGUUGCACUUCCGCGUUGUCAUGGUGACCAAGACGUAAAGGGUCUACGAAAGUAUGUUCGCACAUGCAUGCACGAGGCCGACAAGAAUGGUGCUCAGACUAUUUGUUUCCCGGCCCUCGGGACAGGCCGUUUGGAAUACCCCGCUGAUGGAGUGGCCAAAACGAUGGAACUUACCAUUCAGAACUUUGGCCAGGAUAACCCUAGCUCGAGCAUCAAAAAGGUUUUCAUCUACAUACAUGAGUCAGAUGAAAAAACGAAGCAAUCGUUUAAGGACCAUUUUGGCAGUCCUGUUGCAGCAGCAACUUCAACAUCAGACCGGAGGUCGAGUGACGGAACAAAUGCAGCCCAGUUGACGGUGUACUUUCACAAGGAGCAGUCGGAGCAGAGAAUCAAAAACAAAAUUGAGAGGCUUCGUCGUAUUGACGAGAUCUUCCUGUCAGCAUCUUUGAUUGAAAAGUUGACAGAGGAAAAGAUGAAAGAAGUGUAUAAAAUCGCAACCCCCAACGAUGUGAAGGUGAAAUGCGAGGACAACAAAAUGAAACUGUUCGGCUACGGAAAGUCAGUGGUUAAGACGAAGUCUGCUCUUCAAGAUUACUUGAAAAAGUUGGACGACGGUCAAUCUGCAUCAGCUGCAGCAGUUCAAUUUCCUCCAACUUGGGGUAAGAUGACAAUUAACGAUGCCCCGAAAAAUGUGCCGCUGGUGGCGGGUAGCACCGAUUACACCACAGUUGCUUCAACAUUUAAAGGCCAGUACGCAGCUGCCAAUAUUGUACAGAUCGAUCGCGUUCAAAACCCACAGCUUUAUAUGCAAUACCUCGCGAAAAAGAAACAAAUUGAGAAGACCUGUAGCCGACCCAAUUGUGAACAGAAGCUGUGGCACGGCACAAGGACUCCUCAGAUUGCGGACAACAUUUGUGCGAAAGGAUUCGACAGAAACUAUAAUUCUGGCGCAUCCAUUGGUGUCGGAGUAUACUUCGCCGUCAAUGCAACCAUGUCGGCCACGGGAUACACCGCCCCUGAUGCUUUAGGCCAGAGGUACAUAUUCUAUGCCGAUGUCCUCACUGGGGACUACACCGUAGGUUCUAGCAAUAUUCGUGUACCACCAGCGAAGGUCCCUGGAAACAACCUGGUGACAUACGAUUCUACCACUAACAAUGUGGCUGCCCCAAGCGUGUUUGUGAUAUUCCACGAUGCACAAGCGUAUCCGACGUAUAAAAUCACGUUUAAGUGAUAAGUUGAUGCUUAGCUAAGCAAAUGCUUAAUGUACAAGAAUCGGAGAAGUCAUCAAAACAAAGGACAAAUCACACCUGAUUUUAAUGAAUAUUAAUCAAACGCUUGAAAAAAUAUUUGAUGCAUAAACAUAACGACAUAAUAUUUUAUCUAAUGUACUAUUAUUAAUAUAUUUUUUCUGUGUUCAUUGCAUUGGUGUUUCUCGUGUAAGGUAAAAUUGAUUUAAUUGAAGUUAAACUGCCAUUUUGUUUUUUGAUUUUCAGAAUAAAUGCUUUUUGGCCAUUCUAUACGUA